AUGACGCAGACGACCCACGCCAUCACUCUCGCCGGCUCCGUCGCUACAGUCACAGAGUACCUCGGCUUUGCUAUAAAUAAUAUUCUCUACCAGCGCGGUGUCUACCCAGCUGAAGAUUUUCACCAGGUGAAGAAAUUCGGUCUGUCGCUCAUGAUUUCUACCGAUGCAGAUUUGAACGCGUACCUGGCGGAACUUCUACAGCAGAUCUCCUCGUGGAUUGCACACGGAACGUGCCGGCGUCUAGUGCUGCUCAUCACGGAUGUUCAGUCAGUGCAGACACUGGAGCGGUGGGAGAUCAACAUAGAAGCGCAGCCCGUGCCAUCGGCGUCUUCGUCGCACCUGUACGGCGGCGGUCGCAAGAGCGAGGAAGACGUUCGCCUCGAGAUUCAAGCCGUGAUGCGGCAGAUCACGGCUUGCGUGUCCUUCCUGCCUGUGAUUACGCAGCCAUGUGCCUUUGACCUGCUCGUUUACACGUCUGUGAACGCGCAGGUUCCGUCGACAGCGUGGGAGCCCAGCGAUCCUCAGGUGCUCAGGCACGGCACCGAGGUCAAGCUGCGCUCCUUCACCACGUCGUUCCACCAGGUUGACACGAAUGUAGUCUAUCGUGAAUGA